GAAUGAUUUUACGCUGUGGCGACCACCGGCACCUUUGCUACUUCAGUGGCUAACAGUGGUGUUUGUUCUUCCCCCAGAAUCAUGCGGAUGUGGCUGAUCUUCGCGCUGUGCUUGGCUGGCAAGGUGUUGGCUGCCCCGACUGAAGAAGAGAAAAUCUUAGUGGAGGUGCAGGAUAUGGAAGUGGGCGCAAACCCAGUCCAGGUGGAGACCGGAGAGUUUGAUGAGGCCAUUGAGGUCGAGGAGGGUGUUGUUGCAGAGAACCCCUGCCUCAACCACCACUGCAAGAAGGGCAAGGUAUGCGAGCUUGAUGAGAGCAAUACUCCGGUUUGCGUGUGCCAGGACCCUUCCACCUGCCCCGAGGCCACAAGCGAGUAUGAGCAUGUCUGUGGCACAGACAACAAGACCUAUGACUCCUCCUGCCACUUCUUCACCUCCAAGUGCGCCUUGGAGGGGACCAAGAAGGGACACAAGCUGCACCUGGACUACAUCGGGCCCUGCAAAUACAUUGCUCCCUGCCUGGAUAAUGAGCUGAGCGAAUUUCCCCUGCGUAUGAGGGACUGGCUGAAGAACGUGCUGGUGACUCUUUACGAGCGCGAUGAAGACAACAACCUGCUGACCGAGAAGCAGAAGCUCAGAGUGAAGAAGAUCUACGAGAAUCAGAAGAGGCUGGUGGCCGGUGACCACUCCCUGGACCUGCUGGCCCACGACUUCGAGAAGAACUACAACAUGUACAUCUUCCCAGUGCACUGGCAGUUCGGCCAGCUGGACCAGCAUCCUGUUGACGGGUAUCUGUCCCACACUGAGUUGGCUCCCCUGCGCGCCCCCCUCAUUCCCAUGGAACACUGCACCACCCAGUUCUUCGAGCAGUGCGACUCCGACAAUGAUAAGUACAUCGCCCUGGAAGAAUGGGCCGGCUGCUUUGGCAUCAAAGACCAGGAUGUCGACAAGGACCUUGUCAUCUAAAUAUAGGUCUCUAGAGAUUCCUCCAUCUGCGAGAUGAGGUGCUAACCUUAAAUUAAAAGUGCUUCAACGGUGCUAAUCCUUUCCUUUAACAGCCUAUACCACUAAAAUGUAAAAAAAACAAAAACAAAAAAAAAAAAUGCACAGAUCAGCCUAAUUGUCACCCAGCGCAAACAAACAAGCUUCCUUCCAGUGCUUUCUAAAUCUUGCUUGUGCAAACAGAUUCGUCAAUUAGUUGGAGGGAGAUGGAGAGACAGAUGGUGCAAAGGUUGGGUGUCGUGCCUUUGGCUCAGAUGGAUUGGACUGUGUAAGUCGUCAAGUAAUGAUGGAGCUCCAGGAAAACGAAAUUUGAAAUCCAGAAUGAUAUUUUCCGCAUAAUCAGCGCUUGAAAUAAAUACAGUUCCAUUUGGCAAGAAUUGUAAGACUAAAAUAAAAUUUCCUAAUAAAUUUUCUUUUCUCUUGCUUUUAAAUACUUUUUAAGUGUUUUUUCCUGUUUUGGUGGUGGGUUAAUUUUUGUCCUUGUUUUAUUUGAAGUGUAGCCCUGUGUGUGUCAUGAGGGUUUUUUUUUUUCUUUCUUGUUUUUAAUAGUUCCCUGUUACGCAAACAGGCAAGAUGUUAAAUGUUUUCAAAUUUAUACCAAUAAAAGGACACGUUCUUCAAACCAUGAGAA